AUGAAGGUCUAUAAGGUCAGCUGCCAUGACAUCAGUGGAGAAACAUCAUCUGCCACUGAACAGAGAGUGAAGAACGUGUUCACUAAAGCUCGAAGUUACAGUCCCUGCAUUCUGUAUCUGUCAAAUAUCGAUGCUCUCAGUAAGGACAGAGAUGGAGUCAGUGAAGAUGCCAGGGUCACAGCCACCUUUCUAGAGAACAUGCAGACGGCAAAUGCCUGUGAUUCUGAUUGGCCUAUUAUCGUUGUGGCAACAAGCAACUCGUCCAAUCAGAUGAGUAGUGAUAUGUGUGAAGGGUUUCUUCACCAAGUAGUAAUGAAGGUGCCAACAGAGGAAGAAAGAAGAGAUAUGGUGGACUUUUUGCUGGCUUCUGUGCCUUGCUCUUCUAGUCUUUCAUUAUCUCAUAUUGCUCAGAGGACUGCUGGGAUGGUGUUUGGGGACCUGCAGGCCCUGGUGACACAUGCAAAGAGAGCAACAUUAAGGAGGGUUAAACAGGCAUGUGUAGGGAUGAGUUCUCUCAGUCUCCAGCAGGAGGAAGAUAUCUGUAGGGCAGGCCUGUGUGUGAGUCAGGAGGACUUUGACCUGGCUUUAGACCAGCUACAGGCGGCACACUCCGACGCCAUUGGGGCACCACAGAUUCCUAAUGUUAGCUGGGAAGAUGUUGGUGGCCUGGCAGAUAUUAAAGCUGAGAUUCUGGACACCAUACAACUUCCACUAGAGCACCCAGAGCUGUUUGCUGCAGGACUGAGGAGAUCAGGUGUUCUACUGUAUGGUCCUCCAGGAACAGGGAAGACUCUGCUUGCUAAAGCUGUGGCCACAGAAUGUUCUCUCAAUUUUCUUAGUGUAAAAGGACCAGAAUUAAUCAAUAUGUAUGUUGGACAGAGUGAAGAAAAUGUAAGAGAAGUGUUCCAUCGCGCCAGAAGUGCUGCCCCCUGUGUUGUCUUCUUUGAUGAAUUAGAUUCACUAGCUCCCAAUAGGGGUCGCAGUGGUGACUCAGGAGGAGUGAUGGACAGAGUGGUGUCCCAGCUUCUGGCAGAGCUAGAUGGACUUCACAAAGCUUGUGAUGUGUUUGUGAUUGGAGCAACCAACAGACCUGACCUCCUGGAUCCUGCUCUCCUCAGACCUGGAAGGUUUGAUAAGCUACUGUAUCUUGGAGUCAGUGACACCAGAGGGGCACAGGUCAAAAUUCUGAAAGCUUUGACAAGAAAAUUUCAGCUAGGCCAGGAUGUCCAAAUGGAGGCUGUGGCCGACCAGUGUCCACUCACACUGACCGGUGCUGACCUCUAUGCUUUGUGUUCUGAUUCACUGCUUAACGCCAUGAAGAGGAAAAUUGAAAUGCUUGAAAAUGGAGAGGAGACAGAUCAGACCACACUGGUGGUAGAGAACCAGGACUUCGCUAACGCCCUGGAGAACCUUACACCCUCUGUAUCUGAGGCGGAGCUACAGCACUACAAAUUGCUGCAGUUCUCUCUACUUGCUAGCUGAGACUAGUGAGAAUAGAAUUCUUGGAUGAAAAACUGUACAGUGGCGAAAGGAGCAUAGUGAAUUAUUCAGGGUAUUACCAUAGUUUCCCAGUUUUCAUUCCUGA